GGGCUCCCGGCCGUGCAGCCGCGGUUGGUGGCUGUCAGCAAGACGAAGCCAGCAGAGAUGGUGCUCGACGCCUACAGCCACGGGCAGCGCAGCUUCGGGGAGAACUACGUUCAAGAAUUGCUAGAAAAGGCAUCAGACUCCAGAAUUCUAUCGUCUUGUCCAGAGAUUAAGUGGCAUUUUAUUGGCCAUCUGCAGAAAAAUAACGUCAACAAGUUGAUCGCUGUCCCUAACCUGUUCAUGUUGGAAACAGUGGAUUCUGUGAAACUGGCAGACAGAGUCAACAGCUCAUGGCAGAAAAAAGGGUCGUCUCAGAAGCUGAAGGUCAUGGUGCAAGUUAACACGAGUGGAGAAGACAGUAAACACGGCCUUCCGCCUGAAGACACCACGGCUGCUGUGGAGCAUGUCAUCAACAAGUGUCCAAGCCUGGAAUUUGUGGGGCUGAUGACGAUUGGCAGCAUCGGGCAUGACCUUAGUAAGGGGCCAAAUCCUGACUUCCAGAUGCUGCUAUCUUUGCGGCAGGAAGUGUGUGAAAAACUGAAUCUCCCCGUUGAGAAGGUGGAGCUGAGCAUGGGCAUGUCCACAGACUUCCAGCACGCAAUAGAGGUUGGAUCCACAAACGUCAGGAUUGGAAGCACUAUUUUUGGAGAGCGAGAUUAUUCCAACAAAGCAGUCGGUGGCAAGGCCCCUGCUGAAACUAAAGACAAAACGGAGACCUUGUCAGUGCAGGGUCAUUAGAUGAAAAAAAAAAAGUGACCUCGACAGAGGACAGAUGAUGGGAGACCUCACUAUGCAUUCUUACCUCCCUCCGUGUCGGCACCCGAUCGUGAUGGUGAGAGGGAAUUCCUCAUAACAGAGGCCAGAAAUGCCUCAUAAUUUAUUGUGAUUAUAGAGUACCCGUAGAAACUGGAAAUUUUUAAAACCAACAAAUGAUAAGAAAAUUUAUGGUUGAGAGUGACUGUGGUAUCUUGGCUCCUUCAGGGUCGUUAAGAACAGUGACUUUUGGAUAACUAGGUUGAACAAUCUAAAUAUUUGUCAGAAUGCAGUUGCUGAUGAGCAAAAUGUAUCUGCAGCAGUGUCGGUGAUUAUGUUUUCACUGAGGACUUAAAUUCUUCAUUAAACAAGUUAUAAUCUUG